CACUAUUUCAUGCCUCUGUCAGCAACGAAAUUAAAAAAUAAAACAGUCGUUUCGUUGCAACUUAAAUUCCGUAUCGUAACAGCCACACGGCUGUGCUCGACGAGUCGUCGCUCACCUUCCGCGACACAUUUCAGGUACAGAGUACGCAACAGCAAACUGUUAAAAAAUCAUUCUUUUCGUGGAAACUCAAGCAACUCGGUAUAAAUAACUCGAAGAUCGCGAUAGAUAGACAGAGUGGGGAAAAAGAAGAAGAAGAAGAAGUAGAAAUACUGAAGUAGACGAAGCGUUAAGUGGAAAGAAGGAAGGUCUAACGAAUUGUUUGAACGAUGAUCGUCGCAGACGUAGAAAGCGUUGCGUUUUCUCGUGUCGUCAGCGGUGUCCACUGCGGCUCCGGCGAGCCGCGCUUCCCCUUCUCCCGUUUCACGAGAAACAACCGCGAGCAACUGGUUUGACUCGUAUGUUCGUUAACCGGGAACGUUUCGAAGAAGCGCGGAGAGGGACAUGUAAAACCGUCGUCGCGAAAACUCUCGAAUGCUGCGCGGGUAAGCUCGAGGAACGCGAAGAACUAUUUGCAUAUAAAACGCGUGAGCAGAAUCGCGGAAAAGACUUGGAACUGAUGGAUCGUCCGAUGAAAACGCAAGUCAAUGAAGCGCGUACACGUGGUGGUGUGGUAUCGAUAAAACGCACGAGGAUUAAUUGAAAGACAUCACGGUGCAGAAAUAAUACGCGACGCGCGCCUUGCAGAAAUUACAGAUCUCUUGGAGCCGCAAAUACGACGAUCUGAAAUUACAGACGAUACUGUUGGCAACGUGCACGUGCUGUUGCUUACGAUCGCUGGAAAAUAAUUGUAAACGUUGGUCAUCGUUUGCAAAUGCUUCUGGCCACAUGUGGCCAUUUGCGAAUGUACGCGAAGAAGAGUCGCGAUCGUUCCAGAGCGUUUGCAAAUCUGUGAUCGCUGGCGAACAGGAAAAAGCGAAACAUACACUGGCUACGAAAACUAUUUGCAUACGAAUUGCGCUUAUCGUAGAAUUUACGUGUCGAUUAUCAGAUUCGAGCGUAUCGAAUCAUCGAGCAGCGCUUUCGUGCGAGCGCAAAGGUCUGAUACGGCGAGGAUGAAAUGAACACGUUGAUCGAGGAGAGCAAUGGCGGUGUUUGGGCUGGUCUCGGCGGUGGCCGGGUUCGUCAAGGUACGAUACUUGGUGGACAAGGCGAUCAUCGAUAACAUGGUGUUCAGGGCGCACUACAGGAUCACCUGCGCUAUUUUGUUCGCCUGUUGCAUCAUCGUCUCUGCCAAUAAUCUGAUAGGUGAUCCGAUAAACUGCCUAAGCGAUGGAGGUGUACCGGACAACGUGAUAAACACGUACUGCUGGAUCACGUACACGUUCACGUUGCCUCAAAACAACGCGAAACCAGUGGGCACUCACGUGGCUCACCCUGGUCUUGGCGGUGACUAUGGGGAGAAGAGAUAUCACUCGUACUAUCAGUGGGUGCCCUUCAUGCUCUUCUUCCAAGGUAUCCUAUUCUACAUGCCCCAUUGGAUAUGGAAGCAGUGGGAAGAGGGCAAGGUCAGAAUGAUAUCCGAAGGCAUGAGGGGAGCCUCGAUCGAUAACAAGUCCGAGCGACAGGCCAAGUCUCAUCGUCUGGCCAAAUACGUUUACGACACGUUACACUUGCACAACACAUACGCGGCUGGCUACUUCUUCUGCGAGGCUCUCAACUUCGUUAACGUGGUUGGAAAUAUAUUCUUCAUCGACACGUUCCUCGGUGGAGCUUUCCUCUCCUAUGGUACGGAUGUACUCAAGUUCAGCAAUAUGAAUCAGGAACAGCGCACCGAUCCGAUGGUGGAAGUGUUCCCGCGGGUAACCAAAUGUACCUUCCACAAAUUCGGUGCUUCCGGGACCAUUCAGAAAUUCGACGCCCUCUGCGUUCUCGCUCUCAACAUCCUCAACGAGAAGAUCUACAUCUUCCUCUGGUUCUGGUUCAUAAUCCUGGCGGUAUUGUCUGGUGUAGCUCUGCUGUAUAGCAUGGCGGUGGUCUUACUACCUAGUACCCGGGAGACCAUCCUCAAGAAACGAUUCAAGUUUGGCACGUCGGCUAACGUGAGCGCGCUCAUCAGAGAGACGCAGGUCGGCGACUUCCUGUUGCUUCAUCUACUGGGACAGAACAUGAACAUGAUGAUGUUCAACGAAGUACUGGACGAGCUGUGCCGUCAGUUGAACCUCGGCUCGACGAGCGGAGCGUCACCGACCUCGGUGCCAUCAGCGCCCAGCACUCUCGAGAUGUCACCCAUUUACCCGGAGAUCGAGAAAUACGCGAAGGACACCGAGAUCUAAUGUUUACGCCCUUUCCGACCAUAUUUCUGUCUUCUCUUUUGCAUUGUGAUAAGACCCAGGGUGAUCCUUUUCCUUGACACCUUUGGUCUCUCGAAAAACGUUUGUACUAUCGACGGUUAGUUUGCUCGUAACGAAGGAACAUGUUGAUCGAACACGCGACAGGAACGAGAUCUUGCCACUUCCUUUUCGAUCUUUCGAGCGUAGAGAUUACUUGCCGUCCCACAGAAAUAGUAAAACUAAUUCGCCAUAAAGUAAUAGGUACAUAUCGCAAAUCUGUUAUCGUAGCCGUCUAUUGUUUCUUACCAUUUAUAGCACAAACUAGCGUUAGGUUAUCGAACGAAUAUGUAACGUGUAGACGAUAACGCGCGAUGCUUUUGGUUCGACAAUGCGUGUACGCGUGUUGUCGUCUAUCGCUGUUAAAUUAUAGUAAGCCGAAUUUCACACGCGCAAGCGUUUCGCCGAUUAUCUUUAAUAUCGCGUGAUGAUAUCGCGUUCGACACCCUGUAGUUAGGGACGCGGUCGUCGAGCACGAUAACAACAACACCGUGAACGAUUGCUAUGGAAUUUCAAACAGCGAACGCGAUCAACUCUUUCUUUUCGACAAAAUCAAUCGCCGUUACUCGUCGAUGCUCGCAUCGAUCGUGUUCCUCGAUUCCUAUCUGUGUUACACGUACACAUUCCUUUUGUAUUAAUUUGCGUGUAUCGUGAUGAAACAAGUGCCUUUUGGGGAAGUGUGUCAAUUUGCGUUCGACGCUCCGUCGCCGAUGGAGCAAUUACGAUAAAGUUUUCUCAAGUAACAUUCCGGGCUACUUUCGAUUCGUAUCGUUUAAGAAAAACGAAGCGGAAAUACCGUGAUAUUGGACAAAUCGUUACUUUUUGAGAUAAUAAUAGAACGAGACUGUAUAAGUUUUUCUAGAAAUUAUAGAAAUAAACACGAGAGUAUUUAUAAGGAUACAGAUUGCCAACAACGCUCUUAUAUCUUUUACGUAUUAGUUUUUAAAAUAACUUUUCCGCUGUUACGCGUGGUCUACGUAUAUUCUUUUCUUUUCUUCUUUUUGUAUUUCUCUAGAACUGGUGCAAUUGCCAUAACGAAGUUAGCGUGAAUAACGUUAUAUUUUGUAGCGAAGUUAGCGCGAACGAUGUAAAACUUCGUUAACAAAAUUAAACUUCAGGGGCAUUCCUGAUUGUUCGCAGCAACGUUUUCAUUUUGUCAUACAAAAUUCAAUUAUAUACAUACAUGCGUAGUUUAUAUAAUUAAAUCGCUACAAAGAUUUGUGAAUAGAAUCGACUUAAGAGUUAAAUGAUUCGAGUUUAUCCGAUUUUCAUCGUACCUACCGUCGAGUUUAUGUCGUUCAAAUUGACUUAUGCGCUUCUACAUACAUAUCUACAAGCGAAAUUGUAUAAAGAGUUUAUAUCGGACAAAUUAGAAGUACACAUCGAUGAAUAUAUUCUUAAGAAUAUUUGAUACGUUUUCGUUUUCCAAUGUCUCGAAAGCUACGUCGAAAAAUCAGGCGGUUUGCCGAAACGAAAUACGAGAACGCUGUCGUAAGUUUCACAGCAGCGUUAGAAUCGUUUGAACCGUUCAAUGUUCACGUUCGUUUCGCACGACUCACAAUUUCUCGGAUUGCUCGCGAGGAUAAUAUAACGCUGCCGAUAAUUAUAUGCAAUGACAAUAAUAACUUUACUAUUAAGUAGUUUAUCGUAGUUAGUAGGUUGUAUCGCUAAUAUUAGUUCUGAUUCAAGCGAUAGAUUACGACCGAUGUAUAAGUCGAACGAGACGGAUGCGCCUUCUUCAUAGUAUACCGAGAACUAUUGUACUUUAGCGCUUAGGAUUUCUAUAAGUUGUGUUUAUAAAUUGAUAAAUGCUCAUUUAUAAUUAUCGCCGCCGAAGUUAACACGAAGACUGCCAAUACGUGCAACGGUAGAUGUAACGGGAGCAAAAAUAGAAGAAUCUAAAGAGCCAAUUGUAGAAUAAAGAUUAUACUCUUUCUAUAUGAAGAA